ACGUCGGGGAAGCAAAGCCACGUGAUGUGAGGCGCGCAGAUGGCGUCUUCAGGACGAGGAGGACGAAAGUCCCCCUAGCUUUCGGCGGCUUCCCUCCCUCCGAUCCUUUCCUGGGACCCACUGCACCUUCCUUCAAGGAAAAUGAGAUAAAGAUGUACAAAGGAACAUUGCUAUAACAACAGCAUCGAACAAAACAUGGGAAUGCCAUGAUCCAGCCUAAACCCACUGAUGUGUUUUCUGAGAUACCACCAAAUCCAGGUCGGGCGCAAAGUGGAGAGGCAGCAGGAACAGCACUUCCUAGCUUGGACGAGACGGGAAGAACAGAGGCAGAUGUUCGUAGACGAAACGAUUUUGAGCCACCCAGCUGGAAGUGAAGAGGUUGGGUAAACCCUUAAGAUCCCAGGAGAAGGCCAGCAAGCGUGAGGUUGAGGACUCUCGGCUGCCAAGGCUCUACUUAACCCACUCGAGGCCAAGUAUUGCAAGAAAAAGAGAUACCAGAUCUGAAAGCCUAGAAAUUCCAAUCAAUGUGGUUCUGCCUCAGGGGCAGCCUUGCUUCUCUAGAGUCACCUAAGGCACUGUUGGAAGAUCAUGGCUGUGCAACCAGAGGGGCUGAAAUGUAGGCUGGAGGAAUCCAAUGCAGAGAGGGGCACAGCCGAGCCUUUCCUGAGGCUCCACAAUUUGUACCCGACCCCACGCUGUGCCAGGCAGGCUGCCCUGCCUAGGCUGAACCGCAGAGUGGUCAGCCAGCACUCCUACCCGCUGAAUCGCUUCUCCUCUGUGCCCUUGGACCCCAUGGAGCGCCCCACAUCCCAGGCAGACCUCGAGCUGGAUUACAACCCUCCUCGGGUACAGCUCAGCGAUGAAAUGUUUGUCUUCCAGGAUGGGCGGUGGGUGAACGAAAACUGCCGCCUCCAGUCCCCGUACUUCUCUCCAUCCUCCUCUUUCCACCAUAAGCUGCACCACAAGAGGCUGGCCAAGGAGUACCUGCUGCAGGAGGAGAACAAGGCCCUACGGGAGGAGAACAAGGCCCUGCGGGAGGAGAACAGGACCCUCCGGAAAGAGAACAAGAUCCUGCAGGUCUUCUGGGAGGAGCACAAGGCCACACUGGGCCAUGAUGAGAGCAGGGCAUCCUCGCCACUGCUGCACAAGGACAGUGUGGCCCUGGAGGUGGUGAAGAAGGACACAGCCUUGCAGAUGCACCGCAGCAAGGAGAACAGCACCCUUCAGCUCCUCAGGGAAGAGAACAGGGCCCUGCAGCAGCUGUUGGAGCAGAGGAAGGCCUACUGGGUGCAGACAGAGGAGAAGAUAGGCCCCGGGGAGGAAAACAAGACAGCCCCCUUGCCUCAUGAGGAGGCCCAUGUGCCUGGGCUGCUGCCAGACCAGAGCACAGGCCUCUCCUCACCUUUUGAGGAGUCCAAGGGGCCGUCGACCCCCCAGGAGGACUCCAAGACACUCCGGGUCCUACGCCAGAUGGUCGGUAACCUGUCUGGGUCUUCUGGGGAUGAAGAGAUGAAAGCCGGCUCAGGCCUGCUGGAUGGAAGCCAGUCCUUGGAGCUACUGAGAGAGAUGAACCAGGUGCUGCAGGCCCUGCGGGAGGAGAACCAGAACCUGCAGAUCCUCCGGGAGGAGAACCGCCUCCUGCAGGAGGAGAACAGGGCCCUUCACGUGCUUCGCGAGAAGCACAGAAUCUUCCAGGAGGAGAACAAGGCCCUGUGGGAGAACAACAAGCUGAAGCUGCAGCAGAAGCUGGUCAUCGACACGGUGACUGAGGUCACUGCCCGAAUGGAGAUGCUCAUUGAGGAGCUCUAUGCCUUCAUGCCUGCCAAGAACAAGGACCCCAAGAAGCCCAGCAGAGUCUGAGGCCUCCAAGGAGCACUGGUCACGGAAACUCGGCCAAAGAAAACUUCCUGCCUUCCACUUGUCUCCUGGUCUUCAGCCACCAGUGUGUGCCUGCUGAGGAGCAGAAUUACCACCUUCCUAAACGCGGGGAAGUAAUAAAGGCAUGAAAAGGCUAGGGCCAGUUAACAUCA